AUGACUCAAAAUUCGGUUUCUAAAUCAGACUUGAUUUCCAGCGAGCCUUACGCUGUUCAAAUGACCAGCCCGGUAGAGAUUCCCGACAAGCGCAACGAAUCAAAUAGCAGCAUCAACAAAAGUCCGUCGCUCGAAAAGGUGAGGCAGCUGAGUGGAUCUCAUCUGAACUUCGAGGUCGAUCUGGUAUGGGAAAACCUCACCUAUGAGGUUCGGGUGAAGGGGAAAAAAGGCGAAGCCAAUUAUAAACCGCUGAUUUACAACCUCAGCGGCCGCGCCAAGGCGGGGCGGGUGCUCGCGAUCAUGGGGCCCUCCGGGGCGGGCAAAACCACCUUCCUCGGCUGCAUCACCGGCUCCCUCUCGAACUCCUCGGCGGUGAUGAAAGGGUGUUGCUUUCUCAACAACACGGUCUACCAGCAGCGCUACAAGGCUCUUACCUCGUUCGUUUGCCAGGAUGAUAUCGUGAUGUGCAAGGAUACCCCGCGCGAGGCGAUCAACUUCUCCGCCCGACUCCGCCUCGGGGUGAGCAAGGAGGAGGCGAAUCAACGCGUCGAGGAGGUGAUUGAGCGGCUUCACCUGACGAAGUGCCAACACACCUACCUCGGCUUACCGGGCAUCCUCAAAGGCGUCUCCGGCGGCGAACGCAAGCGAACGAACAUCGGCGCGGAGCUCGUCACGAAUCCGGUGAUUAUGAUGCUCGACGAGCCCACCACGGGGCUCGAUUCCGUCAACGCCCUACGCGUCGGGCAGCUGCUGCAGGAUCUCGCGAAGAACGACCGUCGGACGGUGAUCACCACCGUUCACUCCCCCAGUUCGGAGUUGUUUGAGCUUUUUGACGAUCUCUUCCUGCUCGCCAAAGGCCAUACCAUCUACCACGGGCCCGCUGUGGAAUCGGUGGGGUAUUUCGCCUCCAUCGGGUAUCAAAUGCCGCCGCAUACAAACCCGUCGGAGUAUUUUAUGAAUCUCAUGCAACUCCCGGAGGAGAUGCUCUCGCAGCUGUGGUUGGCGUGGGAGGAUCACGUCGCGUCGAAGGCGAGCGCGGGAAACCCUUGCUUGGAGCCGAUUACAGGGCCGAUUUGGAUGACGGAUCCCCAGAUGGAAGCCCUCGCCGCGCGGCGGUGUGCGAGCAUGUAUCUUCAAUUUUAUAUGCUGAUGGCGAGGGCGUUUCGGAUGUUCUUCCGCGACACGAUCGCCUUUCGCGGGCGCGCGAUUCAGACGGUGAUUUUCGCCCUCUUCUUCGGUCUCUUCUUCUUUAACGUGAAGCUGAAUCAACAGGGGGUGCAGGAUCGGGAGGGGGCGUUGUAUAUGAUUCUCGUCAGCGGUCUCUUUAGCGCGAUCUCCGCCGGCGUCACCUCCUUCACGAUGGAGCGCGCCGUCUUCAUGCGGGAGCAAGCCAACAGCACGUAUAACACCUAUAUCUUCUUUAUCACCAAGACCUUGUCGGAGCUGCCCUGCCAGGUGCUGUUUCCCACCGUGUUAUCCGUGAUUGGCUAUUUUAUGAUGCACUUUUACCGGAGCGCGGCCGCGUUCUUUUCGUUUUGGCUGAUUAUUGUGUUAUUCGCGAACGUGGGGUCCGCCUUUGGGUUGAUGUUGUCGUCUUUUUUCAAGGACGUGCAGGCGGCCUUUGCGUUGAUGCCGGCCAUCAUGCUGCCGCUUUUCAUUACCGCCGGGAUGUUCUCCAACACGGCGCGCCUGGCGCCCUAUUGGGAGUGGCUGAUGUACAUCUCCUUUCCCCGCCACGCCUACGUCGGGGCCAUCAUCAACGAAUUCUCUCGGCUGAAGGUGAUUUGCGAUCCGAUCUCCCCGACCUGCGUCUACCCGGAUGGCGAUUCGGUGAUCCGGCAGUUGGGGUUCACCGAUUGGCGGCUGUGGAAGACGUACGUCUCGCUCACUUGCUACUACGUCGGGCUCAUGCUCAUCGGCGCGACCUCGCUCCAAAUCCAAGGGAUGAAGCAGCGUGGAAAGAUGUCGUUUAUAGCGAACGCGAAGAAUCGGGUGGCGACGCCGCGCGCAUGGGCCGCGGCACGCGAGAAGGGGUUAAUCCCCCGCGAAGACAUCCUCGAGGCCUCCAUCCGGACCCCGUCGGUGGCGUACGACGGCGGCGAAGCCCGCAUCGAGAACCCAGUGUUUCGGAGAGAGGAAACGUUGAGCACAGCGGACUUUCCGGAAUCCAAACCCGAAACCAAGUAG